AUGGCCAACCGGCUCUCGAAGCAAGAAAUUAGGGAACUCAGAGAUGCCUUCGCCCUCUUCGAUCAAGAUGGCGACGGGCUGAUCACCUCCAAGGAGGUGGUGACCGUCAUGAGAUCCCUCGGGAAAAAUCCCACGGAAGCUGAGGUACAAAGUAUCAUCGGUGAGAUAGAGGCCCACAAGGGAAAGGCAGAUUUCCCAAGACUCCUGUCCAUGAUGGCCAGGAGAAUGGGGAAUUCUGACACGGAGGAGGAAAUCAGAGCAGCUUUCCGCGUCUUCGAUAGGAAUGGAGACGGCUACGUCAACACGGCAGAGCUGCGACACGUCUUGACCAUCGUGGGUGAGAAGCUGACAGACGAAGAGGUGAAGGUGUUGAUCAAGGAGAUGGACAAAAAGGGAGACGGGAAGGUCAACUAUGAAGAAUUUGCACGAAUAAUGAUUGGCAUCUUCAAGGAGGCCUUCUCCCACUUUGAUGAGGACGGCAACGGAGUCAUCUCCAAGGAGGAGUUGGGGAACGUCCUGCGAUCCCUGGAGUAUGUUCUCCUCCACCUUCAGGAGAACUUCACUGACGAGAAGGUGGAGGAUAUGCUGAAGGACGUCGACCUGGAUGAAGACGGGAAGGUCACCUUUGACGAGUUUGUGAAGAUGUUGGCAAAGAAGGAGGCAUCUUGCUCCAAUGGAAUCAAGGCCGGGGUGUUGUCGUCUUGUUGCAAGAUGCCAGAACAUCUCUGGAAACCAGCCAAUAGGAACAACCCUACCUAUGGGCCAACUCUUUGCAAGAGAAGAGAAACAUUUCUUCACCGUCGAGGAGAGCAACUAACCGCAGAAGGUGAUCGGCGAAUUGGUGGGACAGUAGAAGACACCAUGACUUCUCUGAUGGAACAAGAAAUUGCAGAGUUCAAGGAAGCCUUCAUGCUCUUUGACCGGAAUGGAGAUGGGACCAUCACCACUAGGGAACUUGGAACCGUCAUGAGGUCCUUAGGGCAAAACCCCACCGAAGCUGAGCUGCGGGAGAUCGUCCAGAAGCUGGAAGCUGACAAAAACGGCACCAUUGACUUCCCCGAGUUCUUGAACCUGAUGGAAAAGGAAGUCAAGAACCGAGAUUGUGAGGAGAUCCGGAAAGCUUUCCAGGUAUUUGACAAGGAUGGGAACGGUUACAUCUGCGCUGCGGAGCUGAGGUACAUCAUGACCAACCUCGGGGAGAAGUUGUCCAACGAAGAAGUCGAGGAGAUGUUGAAGGUGGUAGACCUGGAUGGAGAUGGGCAGUUCAAUUAUGAGGAAUUCCUGAGGAUCAUGAACAGCAAGUGAAGAAGGUGACCAAGCCAUGGAGAUCUUCGCCUCCAAAACUCAAAGUAAUUUAGGACUUUGGGUCAUAUGCAGCCUACGUAAUGUGGCCUGGUGAGGACAGCUAGGACAGUCAGUUUUGGUGGGACGUGAUCGAUGGAGAGAACCUAAAUCAGACUUGGGGAUGCAAACUGAACUUCAGCUGUGGGUGUUUGUUGAUUUUUUUCUCUGCUUCCAAGAAGUGUAUGGCAUUUUUGGGGAUCAAAAGAUGUUCUCGACUUGUAGUCUUGUAGAGAAACGAGAUAUGGAUAUACAGGGAGAUUUCUGCAGAAAAUUAUCCCCAGUUGCUCUUGCUCAGUAACUUAACUCUAGCAAAUCAAAUAAAAGUCUAAUUGCUCUUA